AAUAACGUUGUCACAUCCCAUACCGCGAUGUCGACAUUCCGUUUGUGAAAAUGCCAAACAGAAACCUCGCUUCUGCUGAAAUGGCCGGCGAAGAUACGACUCCGAUGAAUGGAGCCGUUCUUCUCCGCCUCGUCCGCGACGUCGCCCGUAUCUCCGCCGCGGGCUUCUCCGGUUUCUUCAAGAGAGAAUGCACGGAAUUGGGGAGAAGAGUCUCGCUUUUAGCUCAUUUCCUUGAAGAAAUCGAAGAUUCGGAGAGAAUUCAACAAUGUUGUCGAAUGGGCUCUUCUUCUUUCCCUAAUUCCGGCUUCGCUGAUCUGAAUUUAGCUCUUCUGGUUGCAAAAAGGCUCCUCUUUGCUGCUAACGGCUUCGAUAACUCCGAGCUCAAUUGUGAUGAUGCCACAAUGAAAAUUCUCUUCCAAUUUCAAUGUGUAACAUGGAAAUUGGAGAAAGCAUUGGACAAUCUGCCUUAUGAUGAUCUCAACAUUUCAGAAGAAGUGCUUGAACAGGUUGAGUUAGUGCGGUCGCAGUUGAGACGAGCUGGUGAGAGACACGGACGCCCUCUAAACCCGAGCUUAUCUCAGCCUUUAGACAAGGAGAUUGAAGGUCUGCAUUUACACAAUGUUGGCAACACUGUUAAUGAAGCUAGCGCGAAAGUAGAGGGUGUGGGAGAGGGCGUUGAGGCCGUUGAGCAUAUCUUGAACGAGGAUGUAAACGACCCUGUUAGCUUGUCGUGCAAAGCACUUGAGGAAAGCAAGAAGCCGGAAUCUGUUUCCGUUCCUGAUGAUCUGCGCUGCCCUAUCUCUCUCGAGCUCAUGAGGGAUCCAGUCAUUGUGGCCACGGGACAGACGUAUGAGAGAUGUUAUAUACAGAGAUGGUUGGACUGUGGCAACACUACAUGCCCAAAAACGCGGCAGAAGCUGCAGAAUCUCAGCCUCACUCCGAAUUAUGUCUUGAGAAGCCUAAUAUCUCAGUGGUGCGCGAAGCAUGAGGUAGUUCAGCUGGCUUCGGUAGUGAACGGGAGGCUGAAAAGGAGCGAUGGAUCGUUUCGUGAUGUCAAGGGAGACAUGGCUGCAAUCGAGGUUCUUGUCUGUAGGCUUGCAAGUCGGUGUGUCAAGGAAAUCAGGGCUGCUGUUGCUGAAAUCCGAUCACUCUCUAAACGAAGCACGGAUAACAGAAUCUUGCUUGCAGCAGCUGGAGCUAUCCCGAUUUUGGUUAACCUCUUGGCAUCCGAUGAUGGUGAGGUUCAAGAUAAUGCAGUGACCUCGAUUCUCAAUCUCUCCAUCUACAACGAGAAUAAAGAGCUCAUCAUGCUAGCCAACGCAGUCCCCUCCGUUGUGCAAGUCCUGAGAGAGGGAAGCGUGGAGGCGAAGGAGAACGCUGCAGCGACCCUCUUCACCCUGUCCGUCGCGGAGGAGAACAAGAUAAUCAUCGGUGCAUCCGGGGCAAUACCUGCACUGGUGGAACUGCUCCAGAACGGGACAUCGAGAGGGAAAAAGGACGCUGCCACGGCCUUGUUCAACCUCUGCAUCUAUCAAGGAAACAAGGGACGCGCUGUGAGGGCCGGCAUCGUGCCAGUGCUGGUCAAGAUGCUUACGGAUUCAAGCAGUAUGGCUGAUGAGGCUCUCACCAUUCUUGCCAUUCUUGUCAGCCACCACGAGGCGAAGGCUGCCCUUGUUGGAGCGAGAGCAACGAUUCAUGUCUUGGCGGAUCUUCUCGGGACGGGGCUGCCUCAUUGCAGGGAGAAUGCUGUGGUUAUUCUGGCCUCGAUUUGCAGGAGAAACAGCACGAAUCUUGCAUGCCUGAGCAGGCUCGGAGCAGCAAGGGCGCUGGCUGAGCUGGCAGAGUCGGGCACGGAGAGAGCCAAGAGGAAGGCUGCAGCUUUGUUGGAGCAGCUUAGGAGCUCUCAAGAGGUGUGAUUUUGCACUCAUUUGUUGCAUUUGAUUUUUUUUAUACACGAUUUUUUUACACAAUACAGAAUUGGGAAUUGAGUAAUAGAGAGGAUUCCCAUGGCUGCUAUUGUAUUUAUUUGCUUCAUUCUUGAUUAAUGAUUAGUGUAUAAAUUUUGUGACAUGAUUAUUUUGAAACUAUUUGCUACAGAUUGUAAUUUA